AAGUAAGUCUUCACAAAAAUGGUGCCAUAAAUAUUAUAUAUAACAUGGCUUUGGCCCCCAAACUUCUGCAAUAGUACACCAAGCGACGAGUAGAUUAAUUUUGUAAGUCUUCUUCUCCCACAUUUUCCCUCCUCUCUUUCUAGGGUUUUCACACAGCACUGCUGCAUCAAGAAAACAUUUAUUUUUUUGGACACCCAUUUCACAUAUUACCCUCAGAAUUCGAAUCCCUCACAUUCCUUUCAAGAGAAAGGUACUUUGCAGUACUAGCAGUGUUUAAACACCAUUUAGAGAGAUGGGUCGAAGGAAGAUUGCGAUGGAGAAGCAAGAGAGCCAAAGCAAGAGGCAUGUGACUUUCUCGAAGCGACGGGUCGGACUCUUUAGCAAGGCAGCAGAAAUGUGCAUGGUUACUGGUGCCCAGAUCGCCAUUCUGGUGUCCUCGCCAAGCAACAACCCUAAAAUCUUCAGUUUCGGACAUCCGUCCGCGGACACGGUCAUCGACACCUUCCUCACCAAUUCAUCUCCUGCUACUUCAAUGGGCGACUGCACCAAAGAAUCCCUACGUCCCCUGUACCGUGAGGUGAAGGCGAUCGAGCGAGAGAUGAAGAUUGAGAGUGCUACACAGAAUGAACAGAAAAAGAAGACUAGUAGAGAGGAAUGGUGGAGAAGUGAAGAGUAUAAAGAUUGGGAGUCUAUAGAAAAAUUGCAGGCUUAUGCAAAAGCGCUAGAAGAACUAAGCAACAAUACGAGGGCACGAUUAGAGAGCAUGUCAUUGGAGGUCCAGAAAAACCAUUGAUGGAGUGGCAGGGCACCCCCUUCAGAUUGUUUUGGGUGGGGCGGGUUGGGUAUUUUAUACGAGGACGGGCGGGUUGGUGUACACCCGCCCAGUACCGCCAUUUUGGACUCUGGGAUGGAUGGUUUGCAAUCAUAAAGAAUGACACAAAAUCCAGCAGUAUGCUUAAUAUGGGACAAGAUGGAAAAGGUCAACCAACUUGUUUAUACUGAUAAUUUACAUUUUUGUCUUUA